AUGUUCAAGCCUGCAGUCGCACGCAAUGCCAUCAAAGCUCUGAACACCGUCCGACCUAGCUUCGCGGCUGCUCGCCCAGCGACAGGCUUCACCCGACCUCUCUCAUACACCGCCUCACUUGGAAAGAAGAAGGGCGAUGACCCUGCAAAGGACCCCUUCCUCGCUGCUACAACAAAAGCUCCAGAGGGUGCUGCUGGUGUGGCCGAGGGCCAAUUCGCUCGUACCGAUGAGAGCGUUCACAUCGAAUACCCUCCCGACAGCGAGAUGCCCCCCCAGCCCGUGGCCCAAGGACGCGGUGGCAUGCAUUUCAAGCGGACUCUAGCCCAAUUCUCACUUGAGAAGAAGGUCAGCGUCGUGACUGGGGGUGCUCGUGGCUUAGGUCUGGUCAUGGGCCAAGGGCUCGUCGCUUCCGGCUCAGAUUUAGCGAUUAUAGAUCUCAACACCACUACGAACGAGCGGACCGAACGAUGCAUCCUAACAUCUGCCACAGAGGACGAAGCCGAGUCCGCAGCUGCCUCGUUGAUCGAGCAGUUCCGCAAGGAGAAUCCCGGUCUGGAAGUCAUGCCCAAUGUCACUGCUCAUUACGCGGACGUCGCCAGCCCCGAUUCCGUGCAGGAUGCCAUGGCCGAGGUUCUGGCCAAACACGGCCAAAUCGACAACCUCGUCACCUCUGCCGGCUUUACCGAGAACUUCGAGGCCAUCAACUACCCAUUUGACCGUAUGCAGAAACUGUGGGGCGUCAACGUCGACGGCACAUACCUCUUCGCCAUCAAUGUUGCUAAGCACCUGAUGGAGCGCAAUGCGCCCGGUAGCAUUGUCAUGAUCGGCUCUAUGUCCGGUUCCAUUGUUAAUGUCCCCCAGCCCCAGGCUCCGUACAACGCCGCAAAGGCAGCUGUGCGCCACCUUGCUGCUUCGCUCGCUGUGGAGUGGGCUGGCCAUAAUAUCCGGGUUAACUGCAUUAGCCCUGGAUACAUGCUCACUGCUUUAACCCGGAAGAUUCUCGAUGAAAACCCCCAGCUCCGCGACCAAUGGAUCUCUCUCAUCCCUGCUGGCAAGAUGGGUACACCGGAGGACCUGAUGGGCGCCGUUACCUUCUUACUCAGCGAUGCCUCCAAGUACAUCACCGGCGCGGAUCUCCGUGUUGACGGUGGCUACACCGUGACCUAA